AUGUAUCAAAAAAAUCUCGUUCCAAAUGUAGAUCAAAAGGGACUUAAUGAAUUAAAUUUUCUUGCACUUAAAGGUGGCGAGGAGCUCGAAUGCUUGAUUGAUACAACACAAGGCCAUGUCUCAACCAAUACAUUCUUCAAUUUGGUGGAAUUAGUAAUAGAAGAAAUGAAUGGUUUGAAAAUGUUGUGCAACGGUCAGUUUCCAAAGGGCUUUCUACAAAAACUAGAGAAGUUGACAACAAGGAAUUGCAUGGAAAUGGUCUCUUUAUCUCCUGCGCUGCAAAAUCUAAAAGAAGUGAAAGUUAUUAAUUGUAGCCAGUUGCAAGAAGUAUUUCAAAUAGAUGAGUUUCUUCAUGAUACGAAAGAAAAUCAAGGACUGCUGUUGUCAAAUUUAACACUUAUGGAGCUAAACUCAUUACCAGAAUUGAAUUGGGUAUGGAAAGGGUCCACCCGUUUUGUCAGCCUCCAAAGCUUGAAGUUUGUAGAAAUUAGUUGCUGCAAUAGAUUGAAACAUCUCUUCUCACCAUCCCUUGCUCAAAGCUUGGUACUGCUACAACAACUCAAGAUAGAUCACUGUGAUGGACUGCAACACAUUAUCACCGAGUUGGUCUAUGAUGAUGGAAUAGAAACAAAUGCCCAUCUCCAUUUUUCGUUCUUGCCAAAAUUGGAAACUCUAAGAAUAAGUCAUUGUCCAAUAUUAGAAAAUAUUUUUCAAAUUCCUUUGGCUCAAGUUCUUCCGCGAUUGAAAUCAUUUUGGAUAACCGAUUCUCCUCAGUUACAACAAGUCUUCCAUGGGGCAAAAGAAAAGAAUGGAGUUGAUUGUGCCAUCGCACUCCCUUGCCUACAAGAUUUACUACUUGUAAACUUGAUAAAUUUGAGUUGCUUUUCCUCAGAAAACUUUCUCAUCUCAUCACCAUCUUUGGAGAAGUUGGAAGUUUGGAACUGUCCUAAAUUGGCAAAUUUCAACAUUCAAAAAGAAGUUAACGAGAAAAUUCAAGUAGAGAGUGAUCAAUUGCAUGCAUUGAAGGAGUUAUUACACAAUGUCAAAAAUCUUACCUUGGAUGGAGUCAAGAAUCAGAAAAAUCUUAUUCCAAAUGUAGAUCCAAAGGGGCUUAAUGAAUUAACUUUUCUUACACUUAAAGAUGGUGAGGAGCUGGAAUGCUUGAUUGAUACAACACAAGGCCAUGUCUCAUCCAAUGCCUUCUCUAAUUUGGUGGAAUUAUUCAUAGAACAAAUGACUGGUUUGAAAAUGUUGUGCAACGGUGGGUUUCCAAAAGGGUUUCUACAAAAACUAAAGACGUUGGAAGCAAGGAAUUGCAUGGAAAUGGCUUUUUUAUCUCCCGCGCUACAAAAUCUAGAGGAAGUGAAAGUUAUUAACUGUGGCCAGUUGCAAGAAGUAUUUCAAAUAGAUGAGUUUCUUCAUGAUACGAAAGAAAAUCAAGGAUCGCUGUUGUCAAAUUUAACACUGAUGGAGCUAAAAUUAUUACCAGAAUUGAAGUGGAUAUGGAAAGGGUCCACCUGUUUUGUCAGCCUCCAAAGCUUGAAGUUUGUCGAAAUUAGUUACUGCAAUAGAUUGAAACAUCUCUUUUCACCAUCCCUUGCUCAAAGCUUGGUGCUCCUUGAACAACUCCAGAUAGAUCAUUGUGAUGGAUUGCAACACAUUAUCACCGAGUUGGACUGUGAUGAUGAAAUAGAAACAAAUACCCAUCUCCAUUCGUCGUUUUUGCCAAAAUUGGAAACUCUACGAAUAAGUCAUUGUCCAAUAUUGGAAAAUAUUUUUCAAAUUCCUUUGGCUCAAGUUCUUCCACGAUUGAAAUCAUUUUGGAUAAGCAAUUCUCCUCAGUUACAACAAGUCUUCCAUGUGGCAAAAGAAAAGAAUGGAGUUGAUUGUGCCAUUGCACUCCCUUCCCUACAAGAUUUACUACUUGUAAACUUGAUAAAUUUGAGUUGCUUUUGCUCGGAAAACUUUCUCAUCUCAUCACCAUCCUUGGAGAAGUUGGGUGUUUGGAACUGUCCUAAAUUGACAAAUUUCACAAUUCAAAAAGAAGUUAACGAGCAGGUUCUACUAAAGGAAUUACUUCUGUCUAAGUUGGGAAAUAGUUGUCAAUUGCGUGUUUCUGCCAAUUGCAGUCAAGACUACAUAGCAGUUGGGAGUCAUGAAGAGGUAUUCCAUGUUCAUGGGCAUAUAAGGGAACUCUACCUGUUGGAUUUAUCUGAAGUGUGUAUUAUAUGGAAGGAUGUCACUCAAGUUGUUACUCUCAAAAACCUUACAAUUCUAAAGGUGAUUGAUUGCAAGAGGCUAAGAUGUCUCUUUCCCCUUGGAUCUGCUUGUUGUCUUCCAAAACUUGAAAAGUUAACAGUUAAAGGGAACUCUAAAUUGGAGCAACUGUUUGAACUUGAAGAUGAAGUAGAAGUGAUAACUGAAAAAGAAAUAAAGUUUGAUCAAUUAAAAUAUUUAUCACUUAAAGAACUGCCAAGCCUCAUUGACUUCUGCCCGAGAGGAUAUCACUUUGUAUUAUCGGCUUUGAUUUCUUUGAAAGUAAGAGAAUGUCCCAAGAUGACUACAGGCUUCUUCAUAGAUUCAGAGGAAUAUGUGCACGCCAAAAUAGAGACACCGCAACUGGUUGAGCAAGAUACCACCGAAGAAUCUGUCACUGAUCAGAAUGUAGUCCACACCAAGACCAUAGAUUGGCGCCGGCAGCGUCCGGGUGAUCAUCUACCACCUUACAAGGAAGAACUAUGAGAUGAUUGUAGGAGAAGUUCCAAAGGCAUGUUUAAAUAUCAAGGAGUAUUUUGGGGCCGUCAACUAAACACAGGUAAAACAAAGGCUACUUUCCAUUUUCAUUUCUUUCACUUGUUUGCCUAGUCCUAAUCAAGUUUUGGUGGUUCAUUUGUGCUAACCUUUAUUAUUUAUAUAUA